ACUCACAACGAGUCGACCGCUAUGAGGCUAAAUCGAUUCGAAUUGAAUGUGAACAGUUGUCACUCGUUAUUCAACCAAACAUGGCGUUCGGAAGGCAGGUGAGACUGCUUUUGUGGAAAAACUUCGUAUUACAGAAACGGAAAAUAUGUGUGAGUGUGUUUGAGGUGGCCCUGCCGGUGUUUUUCGCUGUCGUUAUGUUGUUAAUCCGAAUGGUCGCGAAGAAGGAAGAAUUCACGCAGCCGACCUUGUACCCCAGCAUCGACGUCACCGACAAGACGAAUACCACCUUAAACUACUACAGGCUCAACAUUCUGUUUUCACCUAACAACACUUUAGUGACGGGAAUUAUGAACGAUGUCACUAAUUUGUCUCUGGCUAAAGGUGCAUAUGUGAAUUUUCAAGGCUUUGUCAACUCGAACGAAUUGGAGAAGUACUACCAAUCCCUUGCGGAAACCUACUCUGUUGACAUCGGCGUGCAGUUUGACAACGUCGACUUCGGGGACAGUGUCUUACCGCCCCACGUCGACAUCUCGUUCAGGCCAAGGAUUAUAAGUGAAGAUAUUCCAUGGGAAACCAAACGGACAUACCCAUUCUUUCAACAAGGUGGACCAAGAGACACUUCCAUACCACAAUACCUCCAAUCGGGGUUUCUCUUUAUCCAAUACAUGGUCAACGAGGCCGUCAUCAGGCAAUGGAAUUCGUCUGCCGGCGUCUUCUUAGACAACCUGAUGGUGUUUCUGCAGCGCAUUCCGUACCCGCCGUACGUUCGUGACCCGAUCCUCACGGUGACCCAAAACUGGUUCUCCUUGUUCAUCAUGCUUAGCUUCAUCCUGAGCGCCAUACAGACCACCAAGGGACUCGUCUACGAGAAGGAGAGGAAACUCAAAGAGUCUAUGAAAAUGAUGGGUCUUAGUUCUGCCGCUCACUGGACGUCGUGGUUGAUCACGUCGUUCAUUUUGCUGGUGAUCAUCAUCACGGUGUACGUCAUCCUGUGCUGUGCGCCCAUCGCCAAGACUGGACCAGUGCUGACAAAUACGGACCCCUCUGUGUUCUUCGUGUUUCUCCUGUGUUACGGAGUCUCCGUCAUCGCAUUCUGCUUCAUGAUCAGUGUCUUCAUUCAGAGAGCAAACGUAGCAGCUGCCGUGUCUGGGAUUAUGUUCUUCUUGGCUUUUCUGCCCUGGUUUUUAUUGCAGUCGCAUUACCAGGACAUGACACGGACAGAAAAACUCGGCACCAGUCUGGUUUUCAACACGGGCAUGGCAUUUGGAGUGGCCACAAUCAGUCUGUAUGAAGGAAUAGGUGCCGGGGCACAGUGGAGCAACAUCGCAGAACCCGCGUCUGUUGAUGACAACUACUCCUUGCUGAACGCCAUGUUGAUGUUGUUGGGAGACAGCGCCAUCUACUUCCUGAUCACGUGGUACGUUGACAACGUCAAACCAGGAGAAUUCGGAGUUCCGCGUCCUUGGUACUUUCCAUUUACGGUAAGAGUAGAAAAUAGCAUUUAUCUAAUAUAUCUGAAGGAAACAAUAACACUCAAAAUCGUAUCUCAAAAAGAACUACAGUUUCGGGAGCAAUUAAAGAACGUCCCACGUAGAAAGGUGAGAGAAGAAGCGAUAAUCAUGGCUCGAGAGGUUGGGCUGGAACACAAGGCAGACACGCUGUCCAUGCAUCUGUCGGGCGGUCAGAAGAGGAAGCUGUCAGUUGGAAUUGCCUUGAUUGGAGGAUCGGAGAUUAUAAUCCUGGACGAACCCACCUCUGGGAUGGACCCCGCCGCCAGACGUCAGACGUGGGACAUCCUGCAGAGGAACAAACAUGGCCGUACGCUGGUGCUCACCACUCACUUCAUGGACGAGGCCGAUCUGCUGGGGGACAGGAUCUCCAUCAUGGCGGAGGGCGUGGUCAAGUGUUGUGGGUCGUCCAUGUUUCUCAAGAAGCUCUAUGGUACUGGAUACCACUUGGUGAUUGUGAAAGGAAGUGCAUGUGUGGUGAGCCAAGUGACCGCUAUGAUCCAGGACAUUGUUCCCAGCGCCGAGCUGGAGAGCGAGAUUAACUCAGAGUUGUCGUACCUGCUCCCUGAAGACCAAUCCCACCUGUUCCCCAAUCUGUUCGAUCAGAUCGACGCCAACAGAGACAGUCUGGGAAUCAUCAGUUUUGGGACGACUGCCACCACCAUGGAGGAGGUCUUUCUCAAAGUAGGAGAAAAUGCGGAACACACUGACAAAGAGGAAGAACCCAACAGGCCAGCACCAAGUUCGUCACAGAUGUCCUUCGAAAACCCCGCCUGGGAAUCAGAUGACGUCACAAUUAACAAAACCUCUAAUGAUACCGUAAAUGGAAACGUGUCUGUUUCUGUGAACAAUGAUUCAUUUCUAGCAUUUAACACAUUUCAUAGACUGCAUGGUGUCAGUGUUCAAUUACAGCGAUUUAAGGCGCUGUUUAUCAAGAAAGCUCUUCACACACGGAGGAACCUGAUCAUAGGUCUCGUCCAGAUUCUCCUGCCAGUCAUCGCAACCAUCCUUGCCUUGAUGGUCGACAGGAUGGCGCCUACAGACUUCAGCGAGAUCUCUCUCAAGCUGGACCUGGAACCUUUUGAAAGCACCAUUGUACCAUACACCGAUAGCCUUUCUCCGUCAGCAACAACCGUGUUAUUGGCUCAACAUUACAGUGGUUUGUUCUCCAACAACAACGUUCCUGACAAAAUAGAUAGAGCAAAGUAUCCGAAUAUGAUAAAAUAUUUCAUGGAUAAGGUAGGUGCCAACAAACAUAUUGUGAUUGCUGGAAAGUUCGAACCAGUGAAUGCAUCAGCGACUUCCUGCACAGCUCUGUUUAACGGACAACCAUUCCACAGUCAGUCUAUUGCCCUGUCCUACCUAAUGAACUCCAUAGCGUCCUUGCUGACAUCGGGUGUCGACCAUUCUAUAACAGCGUACAACAAUCCACUUCCCAAAGACCUGGCACUCAAACACCCGGUAGAUGUCGCAGCAGAUUCUAACCGGAAUGCACUUAAGUUUGGCUUCAUCAUUUCCUUCAACAUCAUGUUCGGCAUGGCGUUUCUUACUGCCAGCUUCGUGUUCUUCUUGAUCAAAGAGAGACUCAUUGGAUCCAAGCAUCUUCAGUUCCUCAGCGGCGUGGGUCCGCUCAUGUUCUGGAUGUCGAACCUGGCCUGGGAUUUCAUCAACUACGUGAUACCAUGUCUCAUUUUGCUGCCGGUCUUUGCAGCCUUCCAAACGGAUGCUUACUUAGACGAACGGCUGGGACUCGUCUUCCUCAGCCUGCUCCUGUAUGGCUGGGCGGUCCUCCCAUUCAUGUACCUGCUGCAGUACCUCUUUAAAACGCCCGCAACAGGGAUGGUUGUGGUCAUCAUCCUCAACAUUUUAUCAGGUUGUACAACACUGUUGUUGGUGGUGAUUCUACUGUUACCCAGUAUGGCAGCUGAUGACAUCAGCAACGCCCUCGACUGGGUGUUCAUCGUCAUAUUCCCACACUACUGCCUCGGAAAGUCGUUCAUGGACAUCUACACCAACUACUUCAAUGAGAAGACAUGUAACAAAUUGGAUUACAAAGUCAAAUGUCAGAGUACAGGCAUGCCGUGCUGUAAGGGAAACUGCGGACCGUAUUUCUGUAUCCUGUUUUCUGAGAACUAUUUUGACUGGGAGACGCCUGGCGUGGGGAGAGAGCUCGUGUUUAUGAUUCUACAGGGGUUACUCUACCUCGGGUUGGUUCUACUCAUAGAGUACCGCGUACCCAAGAGAGUGUGGUACGCAAUCCGUUCUAACCAAUAUAACGUCAUCUGUCCACCCGACGCAGUUUUCAAUGUGCGGGGAAAUACGUCUGGCCAGAAUCAAUAUUGCCAAAUCCUGAAUCCAGAUAGACCUGUCGAAGAGGAAGAUGGUGACGUCCUGGAAGAGAAUAACAGAAUCAAUAACACCAGUCUGGACAAACUGUCCGAAACUGACUCACUGAUCUUGACACGCCUUUAUAAGAGAUUUGGAUCUUUUGUGGCUGUUAACAAUAUCAGUGUGGGAAUACCGCAGAAAGAAUGUUUUGGUUUACUCGGCCAGAAUGGCGCUGGUAAAACCACAACGUUUAAAAUGCUCACGGGGGAGAUCAUGGUGACUGGGGGGAAUGCUUACUUGAAGAAGUACGAUAUAAAGAAUACCCUCCACAAGGUGCACGAGCACAUGGGUUACUGCCCUCAGUUUGACGCACUCAUUGACCAGAUGACGGGGAGGGAGACACUUUACAUGUACUCCCGUCUCAAAGGCGUGUCGGAGAGUCAGAUUGCAGACACGGUGAACGCCUUGAUUGACAUGAUGCUGUUAGUAUCACACGCGGAUAAACAAACAUCACAGUAUAGUGGUGGUAACAAACGCAAGCUGAGCACCGCGAUAUCCCUGGUGGGUGACCCAUCCUUCAUCCUGCUAGACGAGCCGUCCACGGGGAUGGAUCCUAAAGCCAGACGACAACUCUGGAACGUGCUGUCGCGAGUCAGAGCGUUUGGCAAAACUCUGAUCCUUACAUCACACAGCAUGGAGGAAUGUGAGGCCCUCUGCACAAGAGUGGCCAUCAUGGUGAACGGACGAUUCAGAUGUCUGGGCAGCCCACAGCAUCUGAAGAGUAAGUUUGGAGAAGGCUAUACACUGAUUGCACGGAUGACGACCCUCCCAGACGGCAAAAUCGCGCCCACCGAGCUUCUGGUUGCUUUCAUUCGCUCCCAGUUCGCGUCGGCCAUCGUGUUCGACGAUCACCAAGGAUACGUCCAUUUCCAGGUGCCAGACGCAGACGUGAGAAUUGCGCAUGUCUUCACGGUGAUGGAAAGGUCCAAGACGGAGUUCAGUGUGGAGGAUUACUCGGUUCACCAGACGACACUGGAACAAGUGUUUCUGUCCUUCACACGAGAGCAGACGGUAUCCACACAUGACAACACGAGUUUGAGAAAAAGACUGUGUUGUUGUUGAUUAGAUACAGAGAGAGAGAGAGAGAGAGAGAGAGAGAGAGAGAGAGAGAGAGAGAGAGAGAGAGAGAGAGAGAGAGAGAGAGAGAGAGAGAGAGAGAGAGACAGACAGACAGACAGACAGACAGACAGACAGACAGACAGUCAACUACAUUGGCUUUUAAAUAAUUCCCAUUUGUGAUGUCUCAGACAAUCAGGACGAAUAUUUCAAUAAAAGUGGAAUGUGACGAUUGUAGGAAUGGAAAUGUUAUGCCAGAUACAGGAUUUUUCCAAGUCUCUAAAGGAGAUAUUGUUAUGUAUAUACAGUGAAACCUCUCAAAACCGGACCCUCUGUAAACCGGAAUUCCCCCCAAACCGGACAUUUUUCACGGUCCUUUUGUAAAACUCGGUACAUAAAUUAACCUUUCUAAACCAGAUACCUCUUUAAACCGGACAUUUUACUUGGUUCGAGGGUGUCCGGUUUAGAGGGGUUUCACUGUAUGUGUAUUACCGUUGUUGUUGUUGCUGUUGAGUGUUGAUAUUAAA